GUCGCGGCGGCCGCCAUGUUGCUGAAUGAAAUUACCCUAGCUUCAAAACAUUAAAAAGCGGCUGGCGAUACUAGUUAGUAAUAUUUCAUGGAAUAAUUCUCGUUUAAGAUUUUGACAUAUUGCAAACAUGACUUAGACCUCAUGAAGGUAACGCAGAAGCCCCAUACGUAUCGUGUUCACACAUAGUAACAGUGUCAAGCAAUGAACCAUGGAAGUGGAUCACAGAAUAUCCAACGACAGCUCCAAAAAUCCAAGUCUGUCUCUGGGUCGGAAGCUGAGGAGCAGCAGCAGCUAUCCAUGGCAGCUACACAACAACAAACUACAGUUAGCCACCCUCAGUCUCCUGUGACCACCUUUUCCUCUGUCGCUAGCCCUUCAGCCCCUCAGUCACCCAAUUAUCAGAUAAUCAUGAGUCGGAGCCCAGUCACAGGCCAGAAUGUGAACAUCACAUUGCAAAAUGUGGGACUGACUGGUAAUCAGCAAAUCACUCUAACCCCACUCCCCAUUCAGAAUCCAUCAUCUCCUGGGUUCCAGCACAGUACAUCUCAGUGGAGGUUUGAGCAUGCUCCAUCCUACAUUCAAGUCACGUCACCUGUGCCCCAAACUAUUCAACCCCAAAGUCCCACUCAGCAUAGCCCAAUCACUUUACAAGGUGUCACAAGGCCAGGGGCUCCUGCAACAGCAUUGGGAGUGCGUGGACAGAGCACUACAACAAAUGUUGAUGCUAGCAUGAUAAUGCGACAAAUCAGCCAAUCAGGAGGAGGUCACUUUGUUUAUCAGGAGGGGACAGGACUUGCCCAGAUUGCCCCAGCAUCUGGCCAGGUACAACUUGGUACAGCAGGACCACCAGGCUGUGUCAGGGAACGUCGGCUCUCUCAACCUCAUUCUCAGACUGGUGGCACCAUCCACCACCUUGGACCUCAAAGUCCUGUUGCCACUAGUACUGCACUGCCCACUCUGGGUAGCCCUGGACACAUCACCACUUCCAGCCUACCUCCACAGAUUAGUAAUAUCAUCCAAGGACAGCUGGGACGUCCAAUGGUCUUUGAGAAGACCGCACAAGGUGUGGUUACUGGAGUAGGAACCACAGCUACAGCAACGUUCAGCAUACCCUCCUCCAUUCCACCUUCUAGCCCAUCCCUUACUAGUCCACAACAUGGGAUCACCAACAAUCCUCUGGCACCCUCCAGUAUGACUACUGCUUCUAUAAAGAAACAGAUUCCCAAGAAGUUAGAGGAAAUCGCUCCUGCUACUCCUGAGAUCUCCCAGCUGAGAAAGCAGUGCUUGGAGCACCACACCAAGAAGAUGGAGAGCCUGAAGGAAAUGUUUAAAGAAUACAUGGUUGAACUUUUCUUUCUGCAGCAUCUUCAGGGGAAUAUCAUGGACUAUCAUGCUUUUAAGAAGAAGCAUUGUCAUCCCUUAAAUACGUACCUGAGACAAAAUGACCUGGAUCUUGAUGAUGAUGAAGAAGAAGAAGAACAGUCGGAGGUUAUUAAUGACGAGGUAAAGGUUGUUACUGGAAAGGAUGGCCAAGCAGUGACACCAGUUGCCAUAGCAACACAGCUCCCUCCGAAUGUUUCUGCGGCUUUCUCUGCCCAGCAGCAGUUUCAGGGACAUCCAGGGGCGGCUUCAGGCACCAUUACAAACCCUGGAGACAUGGAUGCCUUUAAGAGGCAACAGACUAUGGUGCAAACAGAUCAGGCUAAGAGGCCACGGAUUGACGUUGGUCGCCAUGGGCUGAUUUUCCAACAUCCUGGUGUAGCUCCUUUAGGAUCACCUGGCGUUCCACUUCAGCAGCUAAUGCCGACUGCGCAAGGCGGUAUGCCACCUACUCCUCAAGCAGUCCAACUAUCAGGACAGAAGCAGAACCAGCAACAGUACGACCCAUCCAAAGGACCACCUGUACAGAAUGCAGCCAGCCUACAUACCCCUCCUCCUCAGCUACCUGGCAGGUUGCCUCAAGGUGCCCUACCGAUGGCAAGCAUACCCAUGGCCCUCUCUCAGCAGGCUCAGUUAGUGGAGAAUUCAAGUCACCCUGGUGUGCAAAUCCAAGUGCAGGGAGGCGGGCCCAUGCUGGCUGCUGUGAACACCCACACACAGCUUCAAACCCAGCUGCAGCAGCAGAUGCAACCAAGUGUUCAUAUUCAGCUGCAGCCCCAGCAACAACAAUCCCAGACAGUUCUUCAGUCAGGACAAGCGACGGUGGCACUUGCUCGCCCUGGUACCGAUCCAAACCAGCCUGUUCACCGGAUUAUGACCAACUCAGUAUCAAUAACAUCUGUGGUUCCUGCCCCUGUGUCUGCCACUAAUUCCAAUCCAGCUGCUCAUACAGCAGGUUCUCUCCGUCCUGUCAGCUCCAACCCAGGAACCCCGUCUAAACUGACAGGAACCAAUGGCAUAUCUGCUGUCAAAAUAGGCUUGGGCCAAAAUGCGACCGGUCAGUCCCCACAGGAAGGUUCCCAGGAUAAGCAAGUGGAGCAGGCCAAAUUGGAGAGUCAGGUGCACCAACGCAUCUCUGAGCUAAGGAAGGAGGGUCAGUGGUCAGUCAGCAGGCUCCCCAAGCUUAUGGAAGCAUCACGUCCAAAGUCCCAAUGGGAUUACCUCCUGGAGGAGAUGCAGUGGAUGGCAGCUGACUUUGCUCAGGAGAGAAGAUGGAAGGAGGCUGCUGCAAAGAAGCUUGUUCGUACAUGUGCUCGUUACCAUCAAGAACAGAAGAAAAGUCAAGAAAGAUCACAGAAACAAAAGGAAAUUCAUCUUCGUCAAAUUGCCAGUACAAUUGCUCGAGAGGUGGAGUUCUUCUGGUCCAACAUUGAGCAGGUUGUGGAAAUUAAACUCCAGUUUCAAAUCAAUGAGAAGAGGCUUAAAGUGCUUAACCUACAAAAAGCAACAGUGUCUGGUCAGUCAGCAGAAGAAAAAGUCAAUAAGACGGAGGCGACCACCUCUGGUAGAAAGAGAAAAUCAAGUUUAUCCAUGGUGGAAGAAGAGGUCACCGAUGAAGAGGGCACCAUAGAGGAACAGGAGGUCAUUGAAGGCGACACAGACCACAAAGCAGAAUUGAUCGACCUCGCAAAAGAUGCUGAGAUGUCUUUGGAUGCUUUAAAGAGACAGUAUGCUGGUGCCUAUGCUGAUGAUUUUGAGUGGCCUCAGCCUAGUCCUCAUACUGAUGAGGAUGAUGUGGAAGUUACUGAAGAAAUGGUUUGUUUCCCAAGCAGUUCACCUGAAGCAGUGGUAAUUGACUCUCUGUUUAGCAUGGACCAACAACGUAGUGCUGAUAAAUCGACGUCUAACACUAAAGGAAAGGCUGGCAGAGACAUUGCUGAAGUAGCAGCUGCUACAGAACUCUUCCUGCCCAAGGGCAGCCACAGAGUCACGUCAUCUACCCGCAGCCCCGCACCUAUUUUGUUACAUGGGUUGUUGAGAGAAUAUCAGCAGAUUGGUGUGGACUGGCUGGUAAACCUUUAUAAGAAAAGGCUCAAUGGCAUCUUGGCUGAUGAGACGGGCCUCGGCAAGACUGUGCAGACGGUGGCUUACUUGGCCCACUUAGCUGGUCAGGAGGGCAUUUGGGGACCCCAUCUAAUUCUAGUAAGGACAUGCAAGUUGUUAAGUUGGGAGUUAGAGUUCAAGCGCUGGUGUCCUGGCCUUAAGAUUAUUCUUUACCUGGGCAACAGAAAGGAGCGCAGAUACAAGCGAAUGUUAUGGGGUGACGCCAACAGCUUCCAUGUGUGUGUGACAUCAUACAAGCUGCUGAUGAAAGACCAGAGAUAUUUUCUGAAGAAAAGAUGGAGGCAUCUGGUUCUAGACGAGGUGCAACUUAUCAAAAACAUGACUGGAAAGCACUGGAAAACUAUCUUUGCUCUCAGAAGUGAGCAAAGGAUCCUUCUUAUCCACACUCCACUGCAGAACACUCUGAAAGAGUUUUGGACCAUGAUCCACUUCCUGUUGCCAGGAAUUACCAGGUCUUACUCAGACUUUCCUGUUGAGGCAGACACAGACGAGAACCAGGACUACUGCCACAAACUUGUCAUACGCCUGCACAGGAUGAUCCAGCCAUUCAUCUUGAGACGCUCUAAAAGGGAUGUAGAGAAACAGCUUCCUAAGAAGUACGAGCACAUCCUCAAGUGCCGUCUCUCAAACAGACAGAAGACCCUUUAUGAGGAUAUCCUUACGCAGCCUGGGACACAAGAGGCGCUGAAGUCGGGUCAUUUUGUCAGUGUGCUUCAGGUUUUGAUGCAGUUGCAGCGAGUGUGUAACCACCCUGAGUUGGUGGUACCCAGAGAAACCAGCAGCUCCUACCUCUGUUCAUCGCUUCAGUACAAUGUGCCAUCACUGGUUCUUGGAGCUAUUGUUAAAGACUCGAGCGAGGUUGCAAACCUGUCCAUAUUUGAUCUGAUUAAUAAUGAGAACAGACUGACUCGGUACCAGACCGAAGAAGCUAUGCCUAAACUAAAGGUCACUCAGCAGCUCAUUGAGGAAAUUUACACUGGUCCUGAGCAACCACCAAGACCCAGACCAUGUCCGAUAAAACCCAUGAGGUUGUUCCAGCCUGUGCAGUAUGGUACAAAGCCAGAAGGUCGCUUGGCUGCCAUUGGAAAUGCAGUGGGUCAGCGCCCCACAACAAGCUUUCCCCCUACUGGCACCUUAGUUUCCACUAUCAGCCAGGCAGGCCAGACCAGAGGCAGGUCCCCUGUUACUGCCCCGACAGCUACGCCCACAUCUCAUGCCACUGGAACAGCUACUGUGAGAGCCCAGGCUACUCCUACUGUCAGCAGGAGCAGCAACAACAACACUGCAUCUUCCUCCAUUGCCUCCUCUGGGAACAGUGGCAAUGGGCAGCAUGCUUUGGGGGCUACUCCUUUGGCCUUGGGUCAGACCUUAGCUGGAACAGUUGUAGGCUCUAUGACUUCCCUCAGCCAGCCUGGAAAAACACAGGUUCUAAGGCCAGGUUUAGUCCCCAGCCAUGCCAUCCAGCCCAGCCUUUUGUCCCAGACGUUGGUUCUUACAUCUCAGGCCCAGGCACGGUUGCCUAAAGGCGGAGAUGCGGGGAAAGUUGCCCAGCUGGCCAACAUGGCAGGGAGUCAGAAUCGUAUCUCCCAGCCAGAAACUCCCGUCACUCUGCAGUUUCAGGGGAACAAAUUUACUCUGUCCCCCAGCCAGCUCCGACAACUCACCACUGGUCAGCCCUUGCAGCUCCAAGGUACACUCGGUAACAUCCUGCAGAUUGUGUCCGCUCCAGGGCAGCCGAUUAUAAGGCCCCAGGGCUCCAUGGUAAUGCAAACAAUGCCUCAGACUGUUCCUGCCUCUAGUGCUGCAGUUACACCAGGCACACCUCAUCCUGCCCUCUCAAUAGCUCAGCAAGCGUUGGGUGUGACUACAAAUGCCACGUCAUCUCCAACCAAGCCUACAACUGUAGGUCGUUCCCAGGAGGCUUCGGAAGAAAAGACUCAGCAGCUGAAGGAGCGUUUAAGGCGCUUGUUUGAAGCAAAUGAGCAGCGCUGUAACCGCAGAGUGUUGUAUGGGUCAGAUCUGCUGCAGGCAUGCACUUUGAGCUCAGAACCUGCUCACACUGCCCUGACCGCUGGAGGAUGGACGUGGGUGGGCCGAGAGAGCUGCAUUAGAGCUCUGAGAACCUGCGUCGGUACCACUUCUGUGCUGCAGUCUGCUUUGCUUACUGUGGAGGACCAUCAUGAGGCUACCAAAAGCCUGACCAAGAGGCUGACAUCUGUGCUGCCAGCAGCUGUAGCUCCACCUCCUCAUCUGUAUGCAGCCAAUCCUUCAGUUCCUUACAGGCUUCAGCAGAAAUCCUUUCAGCAGCAGCUGCUGGAGGCCUCUGAACCCCACAGUGCAGACAUCCACCAUUUAGCAUCCAGACAUUUCUUGAGGCAUCCUGACCUGCAGCUAAUGCAGAUGGAUUCAGGUAAACUGGAAGCUCUUGCCAUUUUGCUACAGAAGCUUAGGUCAGAGAGUCGUCGUGUCCUCAUCUUUACUCAGAUGUUAAAGAUGCUGGACAUCCUGGAGGCUUUCCUGGUUUACAGGCAGCUCAAACAUGUGCGCAUUGAUGAAAACCUCACAUAUGAAGAAACGCAGGAAAAUAUGAGAAAGUUCAACACGAAUAGGCAAGUGUUCUGCAGCAUCCUGACCAACUGCUGCUGCUCUGAAGUCGGGACCAUUGUCGAUGCAGACACCAUCAUCUUCUAUGACACAGACCUUAACCCAAGCAUGGAUGCCCGUACUCAAGAGUGGUGUGACAAAGUGGGGCGCUCCAAGGAUAUUCACAUAUACAGGUUGGAGAGUGGCAAUUCAAUUGAAGAGAAAUUGUCAAAAAAUGGCACCAAGGAGCUUAUAAGGGAAGUAGUUGCACAGGGUACUGACUAUAGUUUGGCUUUCCUCACACAGUCGACAAUCCAAGACCUGCUGGAGGUAGAGGCAGCUUCGGGUAUUAAGGUGGAGGAGUUUGUGGUGCUUCAUCAGGAGCCAUCGGCUUCUGAAGCUAUUUCACCCAAAGUUGCAAGGCCCUACAUCCAGGCUCUGCACAGUAUAAAUAUGGAUGGUCAAAAAGAGGAGGGGGAGCACCAAGAGGAGGAGUCUAAAGAAGAACCUGGCCUCUUAGAGGAGUUGAAUGCUGUCAUGGAACAGCUUACACCUAUUGAAAGAUAUGCUCUGCAUUACCUGGAGUACCUCCACAUCAGUGAUGAUGAAGCUGCACUUAAGGAGAGGUUGGAGUGUGCAAAGAGAGGCUGGGAGCUGCAGCAACUGCAGAAACUGAAGGAGGAGGAGCGCAAGACCAUGGAGGGAGAGGAAGAUCUUUUCACUUACACCAGAGAAGAUGCUUACAACAUGGAAUAUGUUUUUGAUGCAGAAGAUGGUCAUAAGGAAAUCAUGCCGGUUUGGACUCCACCCACGCCACCACAGGAUGACAACGAUAUUUACAUUGAUUCAGUCAUGAUGCUGAUGUAUGACACCACACCUAUGCCAGAGUCCAAGCUGCCUCCUAUCUACAUUCGCAAGGAGCAGAAGAGACUCAAGAUGGACCCCUUGGCAGCAGCCAGAAAGAAGAAGAAGGGUCACGGGGAGACCGUGAUACCUCCACGCUCCCUCUUUGAAAAGGCCAGCAUGCUCAAAGUUCGGCGUGAAGGCAAAGACCAGAAAAAGAACUUUUCCCUCAAACAACCUCCUUUUGCCAAACCCCUGCCGUCACUGGCUAAACCUGCCAUGGAGGCUGGUCAGGAUAACCCAGAGUGGCUCAUCAGUGAGGACUGGGCUCUGCUUCAGGCUGUGAAACAGCUGCUGGAGUUGCCUUUGAAUCUGACGAUUGUGUCUCCUGCCCACACACCUAACUGGGAUCUGGUGAGUGACGUGGUGAACUCCUGCAGCCGCAUCUACCGCUCCCCGAAACAGUGUCGCAACCGCUAUGAGAAUGUCAUCAUUCCUAGAGAGGAGGGCAAGCUGGUGUAUGAAGCUAACCCUAAGAAGAAAUCCAAGAGCAUAUACAAGUCUAAGAACAGCCGUCCUUUGAGGACCUGCCAGAUCUACACACAGGAUGACAACAGCUCACAGAUUCAGCUGUACAGCAGUCGCUUUGAACUCAUGAAAAUAAUCGCCAGCAAGCGAAGCCCACCAAUCAAACCACUGCUUGGGAUGAAUCCAUUCCAGAAGAAUCCCAAACACGCGUCAGUCUUAGCAGAGAGUGGGAUUAGCUAUGAUAAGCCCCUACCUCCCAUUCAGGUGGCCUCUCAGCGGGCUGAAAGGAUUGCGAAAGAGAAAAAGGCACUUGCAGAGCAGCAGAAGGCUCAGCAGUUGGCCCAGCAACAAGCUGGAGCUCCCCAAUCUCAAGCUACACCUGGUCAGGCCCAGACUCCUGCUGCUGGCCAAGCCCAGGUUCCACAAGCGGCUGGAGUAACUGGAGCUACUGCUGUGCCCAAUGCAGCUGUACUGGCUGGAGCGAUAAAAAACGCCAAUGCGGGCACAGCCAUUCAGGCUGGCACUGUGGGGGGGAAUGUAAUUGUGAACACAGUAGCUGGAAUUCCCCCAAGUCCCUUCCAGGCCAGUAAACGCCUGGCAUCUCCGGUCAUACCAGGAACCCUGUCUCCUGCAGGCACAGCUGGAGCCCAGGUGGUCCAUGCACAACAGAGGGCUGUUACUGCUGCUGCAGCCCCUGCUGAAGUGGUCACCAUAGCUACAGGUGCUGGUGUGCGAGCUGUAACCCCAGUGACCGUUUCUACUACUUUGAGCCCAGUACAGUCACAGACCCGCCCACUGGUCCCUCAGGUCACACCAGGUAUACAGAUGACAGGGAAGCCUAUUACCCAAGCCCAGCUGCAGUUGUUCCAACAGCAGCGGCUGCAGCAGCAACAGCAGCCUACUUCCCCUCAGAUCAAAGCUGUAGGCAAACCUCAGGAUUUAUUAAAAUUGCCGAAACCUAAGGGGUCACUGCAGCAGCAGCAGGUAUCUGCAGCAACACAGGCUCAGCAAGCUGCUGUGGCCCAGGUGCAGCCCGCUCAGGCUGGCCAAGUCAGUCCUCAGCUGGCAACGGUGGCUGCAGCUAGACCUGCAGCAGUCAAUACAGUCCUGGCUCCAAACACCCUGCAAGUUACCAGACUGACUCGAGUGCCCACUCAGGGGCAGAUUCCGACCCCGGCAGGACAGACGGCUCAGGUGACCCUCACUAAGCCUCCGGGGGUGUCUGUGCCAGCCGUAGUCUCUACAGUGUCGGGAAUAAGUGUGGCUAUUAAUCCAGCACAGAAAACUGGGGGCACAGUGCUGACGUCACCCUUCCACCCGAUGCACGUCCAGCAGCUGAUUCCGAUGAAGAAAGCGCAGCACCCGGGAACAAUUCAGGGAGCUGCAGCUCAGCAGAAAGCAGGACAGCCUCAACAAGGACAGGCUGCCGUGCAACAGAAGAUUGGUACCCAGCAGGUGACGAUGCAGGGAGCCCAAUCAGCGCAGCAGCAGAAGGUCACCUACGCAGCAACAACACAACUCCAGCCUGGAAUCAAAACCCAGUUCUUCGCUGCUGCACCCAUUGCCCCGGCCCAGAAACCAUCUGGAGCCCAACAAAUUCAGGUGGCUAAGCUUCCACAAAUAGCGCAGCAACAGACAGCUCUGCCCAACAUUCAGCAGAUUGUGUCUUCUUCCCAGCAGCCUCAGACGGUGACUCUGGCCCAGGCGGCAACAUCAGCUUCUGCUCAAGUUCAGAUGAUUCCUGCAGGGACACCCACAGCUCAGGUGGUACAGCAGAAGAUCAUCUCACAGCAGGGGGUGACGCCCGCCACGCAGAUCCAGUCACAGAGUCCGCACAGCCCUGCCCAUCCACCUGCUGCCCCUUCUGCUACGGAGUCCCCUGGACAGCAGCCCGGCCAGGCCCAGCAGCCCACCAAGAAUCAAGCUCGGCAAGGUGGCGUCAGGGCCAAAACGCCCGCCAAGCCCAGUGGGGGGAGCAGCUAGGCAUGCUCUGUAAUGCCAACGCCCUCCAAGUGUUUUUCUGCAGGUCAUAUGAGGUUGUUACAGAUUCCACAGCAUCUGAGUCCUGAAAACCAGCCACUGUCUCAUUGAAACUAAACCCUUUGUUUACCCCUGUUAAUUCUUGUCUUUUACUGCUUCUGUUGGGCUCUACAACCAUCUCUUGCAUUGUAAACGGUCUUCCGUUCUUAACCUGAUUUAAAUGUACAUCAUUUGUUAUUAACAACUUCAGUAUGAAGUCCAUAAUACAGCAUUCAUGUCUUCUGUUUAAUGAAUAUAUGAGUUAACAGAGCCGAGGUUGAGGAUCGAGUCAUUCUGCCUUGGGGAAUGAGCUCACCAAUAUUAUAAGUGUAAUCAUCAUUAGUCCCUGUAUGUCUGAUUCUGUUAUCUAAAUGAUUGAGUGGACAGUAAUGGUCGUUCCUUUAAUUCUUUUUUAUUUCAGUAAAUACACUGUAAACAUGUACUUUAGUGUUAUGUGUUUUCUCAUAAAUUCUUUUUUUUUUUAAAUUGAUGUCAAAGUAAAAAAAAACUGUAAAUAUCAACAAAAACAUUUGUACUUGUAAAGUAGUUGUGUUUUCAUUUGAUUUUUCAGCCUAAUUGUAAUAAAGUGUUUUGUUUUUAUACACAAAUUCAUCUUUUCCUUUUAUUAAAGUGUUGAAAGUACUUAAACAUUUUCGACUUUUAUCUUCAACUUUAUUACCAGUUGUAUGUGGGUGGGGUUUUUUGUAUCCGUGCUGCAUUAAGAGUGUUUAUUUUUUGCUAUUCAAAUUAUUAGAUGCAACCAACCUGUAUUUGUGGGUUUCUGCUGCAGUAAAUGUUACGCAAUAGGUUGUUUUUUUUUGAUCGAUUUGAGCCCCUUUGCUUUUGUAAAUUUGUUCUUGCAAAAUAAUGAACAGAAAAUUAAAAUAUUACAUAAGA